GGCGGCGUUGUAGGCUUUGAGGGGACCCGGGACACCUGAAUGCCCCCGGCCCCGGCUCCUCCGACGCGAUGGGGAAGGUGCUAUCCAAGAUCUUCGGGAACAAGGAAAUGCGGAUCCUCAUGCUGGGCCUGGACGCAGCCGGCAAGACAACGAUCCUGUACAAGUUGAAGCUCGGCCAGUCGGUGACCACCAUUCCCACGGUGGGUUUCAACGUGGAGACGGUGACUUACAAAAACGUCAAGUUCAACGUGUGGGAUGUGGGCGGCCAGGACAAGAUCCGGCCGCUCUGGCGGCAUUACUACACGGGGACCCAGGGUCUGAUCUUCGUGGUAGACUGCGCCGACCGCGACCGCAUCGACGAAGCCCGCCAGGAGCUGCACCGCAUUAUCAAUGACCGGGAGAUGAGGGACGCCAUAAUCCUCAUCUUCGCCAACAAGCAGGACCUGCCUGAUGCCAUGAAACCCCAUGAGAUCCAGGAGAAACUGGGCCUGACCCGGAUUCGGGACAGGAACUGGUAUGUGCAGCCCUCCUGUGCCACCUCCGGGGACGGACUCUAUGAGGGGCUCACAUGGUUAACCUCUAACUACAAAUCCUAAUGAGUAUCCUCCACCCAUCCCCCCCGGAAGGAGAGAAAUCAAAAACCCAUUCAUAGGAUUAUCGCCACCAUCAUCACCUCUUUGAAUUGCCACUCUCUUUUUGAAUCUGAACUCUGGAGUUACUGUUCUACGGUUUAGUGGGGUUGGGUUUUUCUUUGUUUCCUUCUCUCUCUCUCUCUCUUUUUUUUUUUUUUUUUUUGGCUUUGCGAUAGGAUGCUCUGAUCUGACAUUCGACACGAAUACAGUGCUAGAUGCUCUUAUGACUUCCAGCAAACGGGGUGGGGUAAUAGCAGCUCUUGGUAAAGUCCUAUAUAAUAAUGGUUUGAUUUUUUUAUUUCAAGAGAAUAUUUUUUCCCCAAUGUAUGCUUUUUUUUUUUUUCCUUUUUGCCCAGUUUCUUAUCACUUGCUGUAGAUGGCUUAUUUUGCAUUCAUGCAGACUAUGUUGCAAGUCUGUUUCAUCUAGUAAACUGAAAAUUAUUGCUUAAUCAAACUGCCGUUUGUCUUUUAUAUUUAAGGCCUCCCCCCUUCCUUGUUAGCUCUAACUUUAGUAGUUUCAAAUGUGACCUUUUAUAACCGAGACCAGUAUGGUAGACUUAGCCCACAGUGGCCACAUAAUGAGUAAUACCAGUGUAAUGUUCCAGUUGCACAUCAGUGUGUUAAACAGGUAAUGUAAGAAAUGCCUUGAAGUGUCAGCUGCUAACGCGCAUGAGUAGGAGUAAAACCCAAAGUUCCCCUUCCAUAGC